GGGAUGGGCGAGGUGAAGAAAGCCUUCUAGCUCUGGAAGCGGACCCACACAGAUCUGGCGUGGCCAGGCGUCAGCCGAUGGCGUGCGUAGGGGUGACCACUAGGCGACACGUCAUGAGCCGUCAGGCUUUCACUGAACAACCUCCACUGGUGCCAGGUCUGGAUCAGGCCUCGGGCUCUGAUGUGCACGCCAGAGCUGACGUCAAACCCGCGUGACGUCAUCCGCGCUAAGGGGCAGGGCCACCGGGGGCCUCUAGGGGUACUGGGGUGCAGGACGCCUCCGGGAGCCUGGAGGUGGCCAGCUUCGCGCUCUGCAGCGGGUCUCAGUCUGCAGAGGAUCCGAUUCCCAGGCCCUCCGACAUCGCCACGCCCUCUGCAAGCUAUCCGGAGCAUCCCGCCGCCAGCCGGCUCUCCCGGCUCCGCCCGGGCCCCGGCGCGGGCACGCGCACGCACGCGGCUGCGCAGGCGCGUCCCCCCACCCCUCGGAACCCGGAAGUGCGAGCGGAGCCACGUGGGUGGAGCUGGCGCGCAGGUCGCAUGGGGGAGUCUAUCCCGCUAGCCGCCCCGGUGCCGGUGGAACAGGCGGUGCUGGAGACGUUCUUCUCUCACCUGGGUAUCUUCUCUUACGACAAGGCCAAGGACAAUGUGGAGAAGGAACGGGAGGCCAACAAGAGCGCGGGGGGCAGCUGGCUGUCGCUGCUGGCGGCCUUGGCGCACCUGGCCGCGGCCGAGAAGGUCUAUCACAGCCUCACCUACCUGGGGCAGAAACUAGGCGGCCAGUCUUUCUUCAGCCGGAAGGACUCGAUCCGCACCAUCUACACGGCCCUGCAUAACGAACUGAAGAAAGUGGUGACAGGCCGAGGCGCCCCAGGUGGAACGGCCCCUCACAUGGAGGAGCUCCUCCCCCACCUGUCAGAGCAGCUGUGUUUCUUUGUCCAGGCUCGGAUGGAGAUCGCAGAGUUCUACGAGAAGAUGUACUCCCUCAGCACGCAGAAGUUCAUCAACGCUGAAGAGCUGGUUGGCAUUUUGGAUACCGUCCUCAAGAAAUACAGCUCCAGAUUUCACCACCCUAUCCUUAGCCCUCUGGAAAGCAGUUUCCAGCUGGAAGUGGGCGUGCUGAGCCAUCUCCUGAGGGCGCAGGCCCAGAUCUCAGAGUGGAAGUUCCUCCCUUCCCUGGUGACUUUGCACAACGCUCACACGAAGCUGCAGAGCUGGGGCCAGACCUUUGAGAAGCAGAGGGAGACCAAGAAACACCUGUUCGGAGGGCAGUCUCAGAAGGCUGUCCAGCCCCCACACCUGUUCCUUUGGCUGAUGAAACUCAAAAACAUGCUCUUGGCUAAGUUUAGCUUUUACUUCCACGAGGCGCUGAGCCGGCAGACGACGGCAUCAGAAAUGAAAGCCCUGACUGCAAAGGCUAACCCAGACCUCUUUGGAAAGAUUUCCAGUUUCAUCAGGAAGUACGAUGCUGCCAAUGUGUCCUUAAUUUUUGACAACCGAGGUUCAGAGAGCUUUCAGGGUCAUGGCUACCACCACCCACAUUCCUACCGAGAGGCCCCUAAGGGAGUGGACCAGUACCCAGCCGUGGUGUCUCUGCCCAGUGACAGGCCAGUCAUGCACUGGCCCAAUGUCAUCAUGAUCAUGACAGACCGGACAUCCGACCUGAACAGUUUGGAGAAAGUGGUCCACUUCUACGAUGACAAAGUCCAGAGUACCUACUUCCUGACCCGCCCAGAACCCCACUUUACCAUCGUUGUCAUUUUUGAGUCAAAGAAAUCUGAGAGAGACUCCCAUUUUAUUUCCUUCCUCAAUGAGCUCUCACUUGCCCUUAAGAACCCCAAAGUGUUUGCAAGUCUGAAACCUGGAUCCAAAGGUUAGCAGGCGCUCGUCUGAGGGUUUCCAAGACCGGGCGCAGUGCUCCUGAUUGCUCUGAGGGGCAGCAGUCAUUUGCGGUUAGAGUUUAUGUUCACUCAUGCUGCUUCUGGGGCUGAGUAAAAGACAGAUCCACACUAAUCAUGUUGCACACUGCAUAAGCAAUUAAGACUACGGAUGGCAUCUCCAAAGAGUAGUCUAGGAAGUGCCAUGGCUGCUGGGGUUCACCAUGGCAUAGCAUUUUCUGGUUUUCCCGUCUCGGGUAGAUGGCAUAUUUAUGGGUCUUUCAUGUAUCUUUCCAGAUUUUUUGUUAUUAUUGUGAACAUUGUGCCCCAAUGCCCUUGUCAACAUUCUCUCUCUGUCCCUGAAGAGCAGUCAGGACAAGAUACCAGACGGGACUGUUUCAGUUUCAUCAAUGCUCCUUUUACCAGUUUUACAAGUUAAUCUAAUUAGUAUCGUGUUGAAAUUAGAACCUUGGUCAGAAAUCUGGAUCAGGUGAAGCGGAAGUUGAUCCAUUAGACCCUUUCGGCAACUUAACCAGCCACAGGCUCUUUUCAGGUGACCGCCAUACCCAUCUGCCUUUGUUUUUAUGUCUAAGACGUUUGGGGUUAGCCAGCCCAAGCCAUUGUGCAGGGUUUCUCCCUCUGGCUUACCCGCUUGGUGUCACUCCUCUGCGGAACUGUGUUUGUAUCUGGCUCAUGUCCGGUUACUCUCAGGUGUAGAAAGCUAAGCAGCCACGUGGCUGUAGCUGUUUUACAUCCUCACACAGCACAGCUUGUAGAAACACAAACGAGGGUCUUGAUACUUCAUGCUUGCUAUAGAGGAGUUGUGCUUCAUAGUCCAGUCAGCCCGUCAGUCUUUGGCACACCUGGACGUGUGUUCAGAUGCAGCACCAAGUGUCUGGGGUCAGGCUGCUCCGAGCGGUUCCUUCUGUGUGUGUUCACAGAGAAGCGGGUGGAUCAACGUGGGGAUUGUCUCUAGGUUAUUGAUUCAGAAUGAAAAGAAACCACCAAGAAGAACUGAGCUGUUAUUGCUGGAUGUGUCCUUCAUACUGGCUGGAUAUGUCCUUCCGAGCUGUGUAAAUGUCCUGUCAGAUCAGUGCUUUCCUCAGGAUUUUUCGGAGCCACUGUCUUGUGGGGUGUUCUGAGAACACGGUGGCCACAUUAGCAGAGUCAUGGAGCCCUCCAGGGCCUCCUGGGCACGUGUGGUCUACCUAUAGAAGAAUCCACUGGCCAGUUUUCUGGACCCCCCCCCCCCCCAUAAUCUUAAGCCAGUUUUCUUUAAACAGGAAGUAGUAAUUUACUCUGCAUUUUCUCCAGGUUCUAUACGGAUAUGAACAAAUUUUAUAAUAGUGACCUGACAUAAAAAAUUGAAAACAUUUGGAAUUAAAAACCAAACCAUUUUCCUUUUAUGCUUUGCUGAGAAACUGAAAAAUAACCCUUGGUAUGUUUUGUUUUGUUUUGUUUUUUUUUUCUGGAUAAAACCACCAUUAGCCUUAAUGAUAUGGCUCCCUAGGCAUCUAAAAAAAUACAGACUUCAGCGAACCAUGGAGGAAUGUAAGUAAAACAUAUAUAUAAAUAUAUAUAAGUAUAUAUAAAUACAUAAAAUGGUCAAAUAUAUAGAUAUUUGAAUUGUAUAUUUAUUUUUAAACAUAUUUUUGAGUAAUUCAAGAGGUAUUUACAAAGAACAGAAAGCAGAUGUGAGUAUUAUUAAUAAGUCAACACCAAUUCCUAAUCCCCUGUGCACUGCCAGGCAGUACUGAAGGACCCUCCAAGAUGAGUACUGAUACUUUAUUUCUGAAGCUCCUCAAUAAAGUUUUCUAGUCAUAUA